AUGGAAUGGAGUUGGUCAGCAGACAGUGCGAAUGUCAACUGCGUCAUCUAUGAAAUCACAAGGAAGCAAGAUUUUGAUGUAGUUUAAAACCGACCCAUUGAGAAUUGUUCGAAACACUGCCAAAGUCGGAAGUGCGGAAAACGGGUGCAAAAAGGGAGUGGCUGAAAAAUGCCCUUUAAAAGGGCUCCGUUUCGCGACCUUUAUUGAGCCUUCCUUUCUUGGUGGGCUAAAAAACUUCAAAAAAAGGGUGAAGAAAGAGUGAGGGUGCAAAAAGGGUGCUGGAAGUCUCGAGAUUUCCGAUUUUAUUACUGUAGAAAAUUUUGGUUCAUACAAAUUCAAUGGUGAAGAAUAUUCUCAAUUAAAAAAAACUUCCGUUUCUCAAAAGAGUCCAAAUGUUCUCAGAAGCCAAAACUUUCGAAGAAUAUUGUUCGUUUUCUUUACUGUUUUUUUCUGUCCUAAAUUACUUUUUCACUUCCUAUAACAAUUAUCAACUUCAAAUUUACAGUAAUUAUUUUAAAAAAUGUAACCAAACAAGCAACCAACAAGUAACACGUGAAAAACGUGUUCGCCUUCAUUUUCACAGAGCUCAAUUCUCAAACCUCGUCGCGCCGCCGGAAAUGGGGUUCAUGAAGUGAGUCUUUUACUAAUAUUCUUCAAAAAACCUAGUAAAAAUGGAAUUUCAUCUCUAAUAAGUUUUAAUGCGUAUAUAUUUUUUUUUUCAGCGUUAAUUUGGGAUUUUUUUUUUUUUCAAAAAAUUACUCGGAAGAAUCCGACGAUUUCAACAUGUUUGAAAAGAGGAAGCAAAAACUUUUAUUCCUGGGAAUAAUUAUUCGAUUGAAAACUAAUAAAGUUCAUCUCAAAUUUUUCUAAGUGAACAGCGCCCAAUAAUUUUAUGAUAUUCGUACGUAUCUCGACGAGACGGAUCGAAUAGUUAUACUUUCAUGCUGAAAAUCAAACAUGUUGGUAACGUCGGAUUAUACCAAUAACUCACGGAAUCAUGCGAGAAACUUGACUUAAAGUUUUUCUAUAUAAAUUUUUUUCAGAGGAAUCCCAAGAUUGAAAAAAAGGUCGCAUUUUUCUAUCUUCUGUGGUUGGUAGCGUUCGGGUACAUCGCAUUUUAUAACUUCUAUCAGUCCAAGCCUUUCGAAUACUCACACGAUUCCUUCAUCAUAAAGAAGAAUGAGAUCAUCACGGUAAGCUCAAGAAAAUUAUAUAGUUUAUAAAAAUCACUUACUUCAGGAGACGUGCCUCAAAAUGUUGGCUGGCUAUGAAAUCAGCGCUCCGGCUUUAUUAAUCGACAUCGAUAUCUUGAAACAAGUCUCUACCGGGAACUGUCAAGGCAAAGAUGAAAAAAAUUGAUGUAAAGAAUUCCUCAGGAUUUUUUUAAAAUAAUUUUGAUUCCAGAUAGCCGUUUUGUUAAAUUAUUCUGUUCAUCCUGCGAUAGUAGGAAACCCAAAUUUCAACGUCAUCCUCUACGAGAACAUUCCAGAGAACGAUUAUUGGGCGUUCAAAACCGACCCGGCGAGGAUCGUUCAGAAGUUGGUUUUUUUUUUCAAACUUAUAGCUGAUUCACGGCUGGCUUGAGCCAUCGAAAAAAGGGUCUUGAUACGAUAAUGCACGAAAUAGCGCCUGGCUCGUGGAGAGCGCAGACAGGACACGCCUCCUUAGCGUCCCAAGCUGGCCGUGAAUCAGCUAUACUCUCAAAACAAGCUUCUCAGAAUGCAAACCACGUCGAUUGGGAACUUGGAAGUCCCAAACAGCGAAACAUUCUUGGAAUACUGGAGUCGGUCCAAAUUCAUCUCCUGUCUGGAUCUCAACAUGAACCGAACGGACAAUGACGUCACCAUGGACCCCAAAGCUGCGGUGUACUAUUUAGCUCGGUUGCGAGACCUUCUGGUCAAGUAUAAAAUGUAUCCGUUUCUCAACGGCGGCUCUCUUUUAGGUAUUCCUACAGUUCUUCAGCAAAAAAGGGACAUUUUUAGGUUGGUACCGCGAAUGUGGUGUCAUUCCGCACACGCGCGAUAUGGACCUGAUGGUUUUGGAGAAAGACGUCAAGGAGGACAUCGUAGUAGAGUUCCUGGAGAGAAGGACUGAAUUUCACUUGAUGCGAAUGUUUGGAGACGUAAAGUAUUACAAGAAUUCGUCAAUAAAAGAUGAGAAAUUCCAGCUGAACGACACUUUCGAAUUGACAGUCAGGCCAAAAGGGCUGCCUAAACCAGUGAUCGACAUCUUCACCAUGUACACGGAGGAGAAUGGGACUUGGACCGGCGGUACUGCAAGCGACGGGACCAAGUAUAAGUACACGUUCCCUCCCUAUGAUCCGUACUGCUCGGCAAGCUUGUUCGGCCACAUCUUCUGGGUCACUUGCAGUCCAGAUCGGAUGCUCGAGGUAAACAUGAAGUUUCGAAACUGCAAAAGUUGUUGAAGAACGAAUACGGCAAAAACUGGCGCAAGGACCAUCGGACCAAGAAUUUCAAGUGGAACCGCUCUCAAGCAAACGUGCAGCAGAACGGGAAAUGGCCAGAAGCCGACUUGCCUAGAGUCGUCAAAAAAUUCACGGAAUAAAGCUUUAUUUUCAUCAGAUUUUUCUUUUUUCAAUUCUCUUCGUUCUUUUCCUCCACGCCACAGAUCUGUCUGUGAGCGAAAUAAACAUUUCAUUCAUUCAAUUCAAUUCAAAAAGAUUAUCUUUAAAUCAAAAAAAAAAGAAAAAUUAAAAAACGUGAUAAUCUGGAAGGCUGAUUUCCGUUUCAUUUCUACCUUCUUUCUAGAUGUUUUUCAGUGAGGUCAGUUGUCAAAAGUUGCCUUCUUUCUUCUGAAUUAGUCAAGUGGAAAUAAUCCAGUAGGUAUUUGAGAAAUAGUAGUAGGCCACUUGAGAAAUAUUUUGGAAUUAAAAAAAACGAAAGAAAGGGCAAUAUUAGUUGAAGAACGGGUAAUGUUAGCAAGUCAAAAAAAAAUUUUUUUUUUGAUUAUUAUACAUGUUUACUAAACAAUAUCAUAUGCCCCAUUUUAUUAUUUGGACCGAGAUUCUGGCUCUUAUUUUUGUUUUUUGAAUAUAAAAUUUUUUUCAAAUGAGUUGUAUUAUUUGGAUCGGGAUUUUGCUCAUAUUCCUGCUUUUUGAGUAAAAAUGAUUCUUUUUUAAAAAUAAAAAAUGGAUAUGGUUGAGUUUUUAUAUGUUGAAAUAGUUGUGAACCCAAGCAUGAUGAUGAGGAAAAAUGCAUUAAAAAAAUAGUAAAACUUAAGAAAAAGGUUCAUUGAACUAGUUGAUUUUUUUUCAAGUCUCCUUUUACUGUAUCGGUUAUUUUUUCCAGGUCCUUCAAAAGAGCGAAAACACGUAAAUUGUUCGUCUGUUUCCUAUUGGCUAUCCUGGCGGGGUUGCUUUUCCUGAAGCUCCUCACGAAAUACGUCCCGAUUUCUCUUCGUAACAAAACAAAUGAAGUUGGAUUUUUUCUCCCUCUUUUGAUGUGAAGUGAAAAAUGCAGGACGAUUGUCAAGUCAUACUAACAGACCUCAAAAUAACCGUUCCUGCACUUCUUAUUGAUACGGACUUAUUGCGCGGAAUCGCCUCUGGACGUUGCUCGAUCCCAGAUAGGAAAAUAAAUGUAUGUGGAUAUUUUCCAGUCCUUCAAAAGAAGAAAAAUCUUCAGAUAGCUGUAGAAAACAAAGACAUCAGGAAGGCAGCAAAACUGUUCCUUGAUCCAAUUUUCAACGUCACUACCUUUCUCAACAAGACGACUCGAGAUUAUUGGAUCUUUGUGACAGACCCGCUUCGAAUCACCAGAAAGUUUGCUUUUGAAGCUAACCUUCAAAGAGCUCGAAUAUUUCCAGAAUUGAAACCACCUCCGUGGGGCUUCUGAAGAUCCCAAGAAGCUCAAUCUUUCUGGAAUAUUGGCGUCGGUCUGAGUUCAUCCCAUGCCUCCAUACUGCGAUGAACAGAACCGAUGAUUCCGUUUACUUGGAUCCCAAGACAGCUAUAGGAGAAUUGGCACGGCUUCGGGACCAAUUGGUCGACUACCGAAUGUACCCAUUCCUCAACGGCGGCACUCUUUUGGGUUUGGCAUUAUUUUUCGAAAAAAAAAAAUGGUUUUUUUCGGCAUUCAUUCUGCUCCCAUUUUUUAGUUUUUUCUCAGUUCCCUCUAUAUUUCUAAACUUGCACUUCUAGGCUAAAAAAAUACUUGGAUUACUGUAGCCUCAGCCUUACUGUCUUAGCCAACUGUACCAGUGUGUUAUUUUCUUCAAUCUGUCAUCGGAAUAUUGGCUCAAAUUUUUCGCGAAUCGAUUUUAUGGAGCAAAAAGGCUGCAGAAAAGCUGUAAGCCAUCAUUUUUAGGAUCAUUUUUCGAAUUAAUUGUACAACCAUCAUGCUCUCUAAUGGGUCAAAUCAAUCUCCAGGCUGGUACCGUGAAUGCACCGUGAUCCCGCACACCCUUGAUCUCGACCUGAUGGUGAUGGAAAAAGACGUCAAGCCAGCCUUCAUAGAAAGUCUCAAGAAUGGACAGACCGACUUCUACCUUAUCCGAACGCUUGGAGAGGUAAUACUAGCAUACUUUUGAGCGUCGAAAGAAAGAGUUUCAGUACAACGACACCUUCGAAAUCACUCUGAGGCCAAAUUAUUCACAGAAGCCCCAUAUCGACAUCUUCACAAUGUAUACAGAAAUGAAUGGAACUUGGACCGGCGGUACUGAUGACGACGGAACCAAGUACAAGUACACAUUCCCUCCCUAUGAUCCGUACUGCUCGGCAAGCUUGUUCGGCCACAUCUUCUGGGUCACUUGCAGUCCUGAGCGAAUGCUUGAAGUACAUAUUCCCACAAAAUCAUUAUUCAUUUCGAAAUUUCAGGUUGAAUAUGGGAAAAACUGGCGGAAGGACUAUCCGACAUCGGAAUUUGAUUGGAGUGCCUCUCAAAAAAACGUGAAGCAGAAUGGGAGAUGGAACAAGUCUGAUAUUUCAAGAGUGAUCCAAUAUUUCGAACGAUGA